AGUAUUUUCUAUAGGAUCGGAAUAAUGGAUUGUAAAAAGCAAGUUUUUGAUUUUAAAAAAGAGUGAAAAACGUUUUUAAAAAUGCAUCAUAAUGGAAAUACCUCUUUGUCUAAAGAGGAGUACAUCACUCCUAUAAAAAAUGGUAUCAAUGGACUUUCAGAAAAUGGAGUCACCAACAGAAUGAGAUCUAAUAAAUGUACUCAGAAAAUCUCUGAGAGUAGUACAGAAAGUUCUGAGUCAGAUGGUCAGCUUUGUACAGAAGAUCAUUGUGUCAUGAGUAGAAAAUCAUAUUCAAGAAAUUGUAAUCUCUCCCAGAACUCCUUAGACAGCAAUUUAUUCAGAGUAAAGAGAAGAUCUUAUAAUGCUGGAACCUUGUCCAAGUCUGCAACAACAAACAGUAGUACAAAUUCUUUUAAUAAAAAUAGACACCUUAGGGGAAAGCUUUGUCAUUCAUGUGGUGGGGAGAUGCAGAGACUUGCUGCACCGGAACAAGAAUCUAAAUGUAAUGAUUUUUUUAGUAGAAGCAGAUCAAAAUUUAUCAAAUCACUUCUAACAGUUGUGCCAGGUUGGCUCUCAGAACCAGAAUUUAUGGUUCAUCCUAAACCAAACGAGAAUAAAAACAUGUAAGAUUAUUUGUUAAUUGGUUUAUCUUUAAGGACUGAAUCUAAUGACAUCUACAAACAGUACUUUUUUUUUAAUGGAAUUAUUUUCUCAGUCACAGCAUGUGUGAUAUUGUUUUAAUAAAUUUGAAGUAAAUGUGAAAGAAGUAAAAUGUUAAUAAUUUAAUGUAAAUCUACAAAUCAUAUCUUUGAAGAACAUAUAUUAUGAUAGAAAGUUAAUAAAAUUACAAUGCUUAUUAAAUAUGAUUGUAUUUGUCAAGCUAUACCUAUAUGCAUAGCUUUCAGUAAAUUGGUAUGUUGUAUGUUUUUUUUAAAAUUCAAUAUCUUAAUGUUGUAUAUUGCUUUUAAUUCUCAUGAUUAUAAUUUAUAUUAUUAUGUUGUAGUGUCCAUAGCCAUGCAGACUCGCUGUUUAGUACCAGCAGUGGAUUCACUAACUACUAUGGUAUCCUCAAUCUUUGUCUCAUCCUUUUGGUAAGUGGGCAGUAUUGAAUUAAUUUUUCUUUUAGGUUGACCCAUUCCAUAAUUUCCAUAGGGUAAAUUUUUUUUCAUUAAUUAAAAGUGAUCACAGAAAAAUAUUUUUAGUUAGAUUAUGGAGCUGUGGUUCUCAACCUUUUUAAUGCCGCGACCCUUUAAUACAGUUCCUCUUGUUGUGGUGACCCCCAGCCUACAAAAUUAUUUUCCUUGCUGCUUCAUAACUGUAGGGGGAUAUGUGUUUUCCGAUAGCCUUAGGCAACCCCUGGGAAAGGAUUGCGACCCACAGGUUUGAGAACCGCUGCUAUAACCAAAGCUGUUUUUAAUUUCAUAUUUAGAGUAAGUAUUGUUAAGGCGUAAUGUACAAAAGGAUUGUUUUAUAAUGUAAUCUCAAACAAAAUCUUAUUCAUAUAAAAUAAACUUAACAAGGAAAAUUUUUUUCAGGUAUUGGGAAAUGCAAGACUUUUUUUGGAGAAUUUUAUAAAGUAAGAUUAAUUAUUGAUCAGUUAAAUUAUUAAUUCUUUUGGAGUAACAUUAAGUCAUUUUUAAUUUUAAAUCUAUGAAACAAUUUAAUUUGAAAUAAAUACUUGAUUUUCAUUGUCAGAGAGCUGCUUAAAACAUGUUGUCAAUGACAGUGGUAUUUUUAAACUUUCAAAAUUAAUUCCGAACAUCAGAAAAAUUCAAAUGACAUGGAUAUUUGCAAAUUUAUUUUGUACCUUCUUAUAUAUAUAUAUAUAUAUAUAUAUAUAUAUAUAUAUAUAUAUAUAUAUAUAUAUAUAUUAAAAUAUAUAUAUAAUUUAAAUAUCUAUCUUUUACAUUUUUAUAUAUAUAUAUAUAUAUAUAUAUAUAUAUAUAUAUAUAUAUAUAUAUAUGUUAAAGUAAAUGUAUCAUUCAAGUCUGAAUCUUUUACACUUUUUCUAAUUUUUCUGCUUUUAGGUAUGGUGUUCUCAUUAACUUGUCAUUCAUUCAAUGGUUUUUUAAUGAACCUUACAACUGGCCAAACUUGCUACUGACAUUAUGUAAGUAUUCUGAUGAUCUUUCAGAAUGAGCAAUAAACAAUUUUUUUAAACUGUAAAAAAAUAAGAACCUCACAAGUCAUGGUAAGCUCUGAAUUAAAAUAUACUUCUUCUUUUUCAGCUAUUGGCAUCUACCCAGCCAUUGCAUAUGCAACAGAAAAGCUUCUAGCCAAGGUAAGCUAUACUUUCUAAACAAAAUGAUUAGCACAUCCAUUACCCUUUUCUUCUUUUUUUUAUCACUGCCACUGUUAAAAUUAAAUUGUUUGGGUUUUCAGCCAUAUCAUGUUCAUGUUAUUGCUACCUUUUGAAGUGAGCUUGGUAACCAUAUAUAAAUAUGAACCCAAGCCUUCUCCAACCUCCAUCUUUAGGUUUGACAACAGUUUUCACUCCCAAUGUCACCAUUUGUAAUGCCCUAUUUGCUUUAUUGAUACACAUGUUGAUUUUCUCGUCAUAAUCACCAUUGGUUUAACCUUGCUUCUUCUAUACUCCAAUUCUGUCAUAUCCUCCAGUGAGCUGUUGAUAACAGUGAUUAGCCCAGUGGUAUUUUCAAGUCUUGUGUUUUCCUUACUCUGAUUUUUAAAGCUAAUGACACUGGAAGUUGCAUCUGGUCAGUUUUUAAGUGGGGUUCUUAAUACUUGUUAAUGGCUUAGUCCAGGUCCUCUAGAAAUGUAGUUAAAAUCUAUUGUAUUUUUUGACUAUAUCCUUGUUUCAUCCGCACAAUGAGCCAAUCAAUUAUCCAGUGAGAGAAUUCACCCCCUGCUCAGAAUAGCCUUCCCUCCAAUUAAAGGUACACAAGUAUACAGUUCUGUGCAUGUAUCCUUGAAACAAUUAAGAAGAAAUCAUUUUUUUCGUAAGGCGCAGGUUUACGGUUUCAUUUCAUGCUUAAACAUCAAGGUUACCCAAAAGUGCAUGCAAUCAGUCAGCCUUGAAACCAUUGUUUCUGAUUGUGUUAUCAUCUGAAAAAAACCACACAAAAAUAAGCUGAACUUGAAUUACUGAUUUGUUGUCUCUAAUCAGGUUCAAGUCAAGUUGGUCUUAAAUCUUUAGAUUUUCUGCCACAAUAAAUACAUUUUUAACUUAAUCCUGUGUGUAACGGUGUAUGUCUGGGUUGGGUUAAGACACAAAUGUUUAUAAUUGAGAUUAUCAAAGACAUGAAAUCAGUCUUGUAGGAUUGUUCAAAUGGCCAAUUACUGGUCAUUUGAAAUUGCCAUGUGUGCAUUAUUUUUAAUAUAGUUGUUAGUUUACUCCUGGCCUCUGGAUGAUGUCAUCUAAUGGCUAAUUAUCAGAUAAUGUAAUGUCCCAAGCAUGGUCAUUGACAGAUAACCUCAAGAAUGUGAUGAGUUGUCUAGUCAGCGGUCACUCUACCAUAGGAGCUUAGAAGGUUUCAGGCUCCUGAUAUUAACUGUGUCACAUUUCCCACGCAAGGGUUCUCAGGCAAGUGUGGCGUUGUAGUUGACUCAGGUGCCUGCUACAAUUGGAAGCUCUCUUAAUCCUGUUUCCCAGCUUCUUUGACUGUGGAGCCCUUUUUUAAAAUCACUUUCUGUAAGGGGAGGGAGGGGGCCGAGCAUCCCCUGAGAAGUGCCUUGAGAGGUUCUUGCUUCCCAGUAUCUUUUAUAGGCUGAAGUAGGGACAGUUGCCUGCUGUUAUCCUUUCUCUCACCUCCGAAAUUAUUUCAUUGUUUUCGUUUAUAGUCGCCCCUAGAUAUUUGAAAGUAGCCACUCUCUCAAAUUUGUGGUUGUUUGUAUUGAUGUUGUCAUCAGUGUGGAUGUUUCGUGACAUUAUCAUAUAUAUUUUGUCUUCACUUUAUUUACAUCACGACCAGCUGUGACUGAGGUAUUUUCAAGUUCCCUGAAUGCUUUAAUUAUGUCAUUUCUGUUUCUGCCCAGUAGAGCAAAUUCUCUGCUUAUGACAGGUACUACAAUGGCUGGGUAUAUAUAAAGUUCCUGAUGGUUGUCCUUAUACUGGUGAAGUUGACACAAAAAAAAAUUAAUACUAUUGACUUGAUAUGCCAUUUGUUUAUUCCUCCAUUUUUGCAAGCCUCAGAAAUUUUUUGAUUGGUACAAAGGCCAAGAGUUGGAGAAAAUACAUUGAUUUCUGGUUCAAGUGAUUUGUCCCUGUUGAUGUGUGGAGUGCAUUUUUUGGUCUUUUUAUGUGACACCCCACACCCCCUUUACUCGUUAUUGUUUCAUUUGUGGAUAUUUUAGUACAUGAGGUUUUGGGUAUUAUUUCAUAUUAAUUCAUUUACUUGCUAGAUAUAUAAUAUUCAAUUUUCUUCUAUAUAGAAACAAUAUUAAUUGGCUAUUAUAAUAGUAUAAUAAGAUAUGAAGAUAAGGCUGUGGUCUGUGUAGCAACUAACUUUAUUCUCAUUCUUUGUAUACCCAACAUCACAUGACCACUCACUCCAGUUAUUCACCCAAAAUUCACUUAUUUAAGUUUAGACAUUCGUGAAAACAACUCACCACUUCCAGUCAGACAACUGGACAAAAGUACUGGUCAGUGACUCUUACCGUCACAUCUCUCUUAGUGAUAAAACAAUCAAGAAUAAAGUCAGAAAACAGCUCUGUGUGCACAAAUAGUUCAACAAUUAAUUUGUAUUGUAAAUCAAUGUAUAUUUGAGAUGUUACUAUCAGAGUAGAGUGUUGGUGGUUUCAUUUGCCUGCCAUAUCUAGUUACCAUGUGUGCUGGAAUAGGAUUGGUGGCCCUGUAUAGAAGAGAGACAGAUUCACUACAGACUCUUUUUUUUUUUUUUUUUAUAUCCAUUAUAUUAACUUCUCUUUUGUUUGUGUGUUUUUGGCAAAAUCUUCGGAAGGCUAAUCUUCCCACUUCCCCUCAUUCUAUUAAGUUGACACUUGGCACAUUUUCACUACAGACUCUUUUUUUUUUUUUUUUUAAAUCCAUUAUAUUAACUUCUCUUUUUUUUUUUUUUUUGUGGCAAAAUUUUCGGAAGGCUAAUCGUCCCACUUCCCCUCAUUCUAUUUAGUUGACACUUGGCACAUAGACACUUUGCCCAUGACAACACAUUUUAUCAAAUUUUCAGCCCCAACCCCCAAAUAUCAAUUUUAAAGCAACCAGAUGCCUCUGAUUUAUCAAAAUAAAAGUCCCAAUAUUGCACUAAAUUAUAUUCUUAAAAAUAUUGCAAGUGCCUUUGGUCCGUAAUAUUUUCUUGUGUUUUAAGGAAAGUUGGUGUAAUAAAUCUGCGUGUUAAAGCAGGUGGCACAAUAGAAUAUUAAUAUAGUUCAGGGGCGUGAAAAAUUGUGGUUGCAAGUGGGGGGGGGGGGCGCUUUUUGGGAUUCUUUUGAAGGGGGGUUUCAGCGAUNUAAGGAAAGUUGGUGUAAUAAAUCUGCGUGUUAAAGGAGGUGGCCCAAUAGAAUAUUUAGAUAGUUCAGGGGCGUGAAAAAUUGUGGUUUGAAGUGGGGGGGGGGGGGCGCUUAUUGGGAUUCUUAUGAAGUGCGGUUUCAGCGAUGCUAAUAGAUUGUGGUUAUCUGUGACUUGAACUGAUGUGUCUAAAUCCCCACUGUAUUAAGUUGUGAAACACUUCACAGCAAAACUGAGGUCCAUUGUCACUUAUAGCUUCUUUUUGGACGUCAUGGCGAGCAAAUUGAGAUAUCAUAUGUGUUAAAAUUUUGAUAGAGAGUUGAUGGCGUGAAGCACACCCCUUCCUGUGUCCUGUUCCUUUAUUUAUUGCUGAUUCGGUAGUUCAGUAUUUCCGUACCCUCAUAAUAACCUUGCUUUGAAAUAACGUCAAACAAAAACCCUUGAGUUUAGAUUUAGAUCUGUGGAAUUUGUUGAAUUUUAUUUACUUUGCAAUGUUCCCUUUUAAAGGUGGUCUGAGGUGAUAAAAAAUAACUUUUCUUGGGCUUGUUAAUAAGACUUUAAAUUGCUGAUGCAGCAUAUUAAGACUGCCGGUAUUUUUGUUCUUUUUUUAUAAUUAAAAUGGUCACUUCUCGUAUCUGGAGCUAUUGUUAACAGCAGGGGGUUCCCAACCUCACGGGAGCACGAGGGGGCAUCUCAGGGGUUGGGACAAAAAGCGUUUCUAAAACUGUAUAUAAAACUAUAGUUCAUAGUUACUUUUGUAGGGGGUGCGAGACUUAAUCGGUAGGGUUGCAAAAUAAAGAAAAUGUUAGGAGACCCUGUGUUACAAUAAUGUCUUGAUAUAUAAUCUGGCCAAGACAACAGAGAGUUUCAGUAUGUUCUUUCACGUUAUUACUGUUUGAUAUCAUCAUGUAUAGUUCACGGACUGGAUUUAAACAAUCUUUGGAGAUAGUAUUUUCUGCCAGAUAAAGUUUUUUUGUUUAGAGAGUCGGCCUUGGGGGGUUGUUGUUGUGCGAAUGGCCUUGAGCCGUACCUUGUGACGCGCCUUUUUAACUUCUUGGAGUACAGGGGUUCUUAACCAUUGGUACGGGAGGCAGUGUCGGUGGGUGCGGAAGGUAGCGGUAGCGGGGAGAGAAAAGCUGGCUCAUUAGCGUUUUUACUGUCGGGGCUGCGGGAAAUCAAACCGAGGUGGGGUACGACAAAUGGUUUAAAAUCAAGAGUGGGUGCAGUGCUGCAGAACGGUUAAGAACCCCUGUUGUAGAAGAAGGGUCAUGACGUCUAUUGUGUAAACUAGAGAGUAAAAAUAGCUGCCGUGUCAUCUGUUUUCUAGUCGAAUGUAAAUCGUUAGUAUCCAGGGAACACCACAUCACCCUUCACAAGAAAAAAAACACACAUGUCUUCUUCUUCUUCUAUAUCUUAAGGGCCCACGAUCAAUUUAGUGAUCAUUUUUGGCUCCUAUGCAUGUAGAUGGGAUUUUCAAUGUUUCUGUUCCUGUUGUUGAUCUGUUGGCGAUCUUCCUAUACACCGCUGUGUCAUCUGCUAACAGUCUUGAUUGUGAUGUCAGGUUCUCGGGUAGGUCAUUAAUGUAUGCUAGGAACAAACAGGGUCCCAGCACUGAUCCCUGGGGGACCACUGACUUCACAUAGACAAAGGAGGAGCUUGUACCGUCCACCACUACUGCUUGGCAUCGGUGGCUGAGGAAGCUAGAGAUCCAUGUUUUAGAAGUGCCUUGGAGCCCAUAUCUCUGGAGUUUGCGUAGAAGCAAACUAUGAUUCACACGGUCAAAUGCCUUUGCAAAGUCCAUCACCAGCACGUCAGUCUGCUUGUUGUUCUCCAGAUUGGUCAUCAGGUCUUCUACAAAUUCAAGAAGCUGGGUCUCACAUGAUCUAUUGACUCGGAAGCCAUGUUGACAGUCAUUGAGUAUAUUUUGGCUUUCAAGAUGCUUCAUGACUGUGCUUACGAUUAUGAGCUCCAACAGUUUGCAGACCACGCUGGUGAGGGAUAUCGGACGAUAGUUGGCAGGGUCGGAAUGCUCCCCUUUCUUGUAGACUGGAGUGACAUGCGCUGUUCUCCAGUCUGCUGGAACAUUUCCUGUGCACAUGUUUUUCUUUAUGUCAGGCCUGCACACCCUAACCCUAACCUAGGACGGGCUAUUAAGAAAUACUAAUAAAAAAGAAUAUUUCGUUACUUUGCUGGUCGCAAAGUGGGUCUGACGGGCCGUAUGUUGUGCAGGCCUGCUUUAUGUCAUCCUUCCAACUGAUUCCCCGACAUCCCUCUUACUCUACUGAGCUGAUACCUCUACUCUACUUCUCUAACUUCACUGAUCUCUCUACCUCUCUGAUAGCUCUACUUCUCUGAUCCCUCUACCUCACGAUGCCAACCUGUAGUCUAUACGGUUUUUAGAAGUUGUUUGAAUCGUACGACCGUACAGGAUUGUGUACGGUUUCUCACUGGAUUUAGACAAGGAUAUAUUUUUGCACACGGCUUCACAAUGAACAAACUAACGCUGCUGUCAGUAGGUGCAUUUAUUGAACGGGCAGUUUGAUAGGCUCCACGUUGUGAAAAGGGGGGGGGGGGGGGAACAAAAACACUUUUCUAGGAUAUACUUUCGUCCUUCCAUCCACACUGGAUGACGCCAGAUUGAUCAGAGUAGUCAGAGAGGUAGAUGGAUUAGAGUAGUCAGAGAGAGAUCAGAGUUGUAAGAUUAAAGUCUUGAUACUGGGCUACUUCUUAUAUUGAGACUUUUCCCCCGUUCUUCCACCGUUCAUCACGUGUGUAAACAGCACCAUCACGUGUGUAAACAAUGUCUUCCUGCUGACCCAUGCACAUAAUACGACAUUGAGAUAAGACGUGUGCACCGGAUAGGCGUUCGUGCACUUCUAAUUUUGACGCAUGUGGGGUUUAUAUUUUAAUCUCACUAGUCACUAGUGCAACAGUUCCUCGGUGAGAGUGUACCUCGGUGAGAUUCUUGUAUUAUCUCAGAUUGCAAUUUCAGUAACUGGUGACAUUUGAAUAAUACGUCCCGACUGGCCACUGAUCAAGCAAACAUCCGUCAGACCCGAUGUGCAUGUUGCUGCGUACGUUCAAGUAGACUCAUAUUGAGACCACCCUGACCAAACCGUGUCAAGGACGGGUUAGCUGAUACCACCAAGGGGGUCACGGCCUCAAAACAAAAAGAAAUAUCACGACAGCCAUUUUGCCAACAGUACAUAGUGGGUUUACACUAGUGCACCUUAAGAAGCUGGGGGAGGGUGGGCACAGCGCACUAACCAAAGGCUGAACACCGAAAUAGACGCUAUUGAUUUGUAUUGUCAGUUGAGUAUCUAACGGCAGACUCCACAACUUGGCUGCAGAUGCAGUCAGGAUAAAGUUUAGAGUUUUAUUUUUUUUUCAUGGGUGGGGUGGUCCAACCCGAUUCCAUGCAUUUGUUAGGGGUGGGAAAAUGGACUUGAGUUUUCUGGUGUAUCCCCUAGUAUACGAAAACAUUGCAUUUCUGUUGACCUAGAUAGAAAAAUUUGGAGUACCGUAUCAAUCCAUUAUCCUUACAAAUUAUGAAGCGUGUUAAAUUGUAAAUGGAAAUGUUGAGUUGCACAAGACUAUACAUUUCUCCCUUUAGUGCAGUGGUUCUCAAACUUUCUAAUGCCGCGACCCCUUUAAUACAGUUCCUCAUGUUGUGGCGACCCCCAACCACAAAAUUAUUUUGUUUGAUACUUUAUAAUUGUAGAGUAUAUGUGUUUUCAGAUGGUCUCAGGCGACACCUGGGAAAGGGCCGUGCGACCCCCUAAGGGGUCGCGACCCGCAGGUUGAGAACUGCUGCUUUAGUGGAUGAACUGGUGGUGGCGAAAAAGUAACUUUGUCUUUGUGUGAUCUUAACAGUGGAUUGGAAUUGAAAUAAAAGUUUGUAUAUCAUUGUUUUGGGUGGUUGUUUUUUUUGGAGCCAUUGUGGCCAUAAACAGGAUGGCGUUAGGGGGAGAAACCUCAAGGCACGUUACUGGCCCCUAGCUUCACACAUGUCGGUGUGACCCUUCCUAUCUGACCCCUCCCUAAGGUCAGGCAUCAUUGCGAUAAGGACCACCUUAGCUUAAAUCAUUGGGAUAAGGACCCCCUUACCUUAUGUGGGGUUGAAGUCUAAGGUUUUAUUUAUUUAUUUAUUAAUUUUUUUUUACGAUCUUGGCUUAACCCUCACCCCCCCCCCUCACCCUUUUCUCUUCCCAACCCUGGUUGGACGGCUUGGGGAUUGUAGCCAGCACUAAUGCUGGCACGUGAAACCAAGUUUGCAACUAAGUUAGGGAGUUAGCUAGAACUCCCUUAAUUAGAGAGUAUUGUUUCCAAUCUCCAUGAGCGGCGCUUCACUCACCUGUUGGAUACUGCUCCAUAACAAUUAAUGCGUGUCCGCUCUGCACAACGCAGAACAUUAGGGAGAGACUGUUUCACAAUGUACAGAAACAGGGGAGGAAACUGUAUAAACUCCCUUACCUAUUUGUCGCUUCAAACGUAAUGUACAGAUGCGCUUGUAUGUGUGUUGUGUGUGUGGUUUGUGCGGGGGGGGGGGGGGGGAUUGUGGCUCCACUGGUUGUUAUAUAAUACAGGUUUUAGUCACUGACACCUACAUCUCCCUGUUAACUUGACUUUUGUUGGACAUUUCUUCUUCGGGUGUUUCAGACAACGACAUCAUCUUUCCCUUAUUUCCAUUAUUUAAUUAUGACAUUUUUUUAAAAGUCGCUUGUUUUUAUAUUGCGUAUGAGUAAAUCAUUUCAACAUGAUGUCUGAUUCUAUUGUUCCAAAAAGAAAUCCUACUAUUUAGAGUAUUUAACUCUCAGUGAAUGUAAGCCGACCUCCCACCAGAGAACUUAAUGAAGGAGCCGGCAACCUUUUUAAAUCCUUGAUAUUAACUUCGUGGCUGGCUGGAAAAAAAACUUCGGGAGGCUUAUUGACCCACUUCCCGUCAUCCUAUUAACCUAUUGAACUGAAACUUUGCACGUAGACUCGUUGCCGAUGACAUCACAUUCUUUCACAUCUUCAUCCCCAACCCCAUAUAGGAAGGAAAUAUGAUGACACUUAUUUCAUGAAAUAAAAUUCCCUAUAACUGCGCUAAAUGAGAUUCUUUUUUUUUUUUUUUUUAAUAUUUCAACUGCGUUUGGGGCAUAAUUUUUUCUCCCCCCCCCCCCCCCCUGAAAAAAAGGGGUGGUGGUAACGGGGGGGGGGGGGGGGCGCACUAUUUGGAAUUCUUAUAUAGGGCAUUACUUGAUGCAUGUUUUGUUACAUUUUCAGGCCUACACCCACCCACAAUUACUCGAUAUUACAUUAUAUAAAUGAUUAAUAAGAAAAGCUUUGUUUUUAGGGGCUGCUUUUCUUAGACUUCUCAUCAGCAUUUAACACUAUCCAACCACACCUUAUGAUAAAGAAACUUUCCUCGUUAGGGGUCAAUUUAAAUAUUCAGGCUUGGACCGCAAUAUUUCAAAGUAAAUAACCAAUUAUCUCUAACCAGAGAAAUAAGCACCGGGGCACCACAAGGCUGCGUUCUCUCUCCUGUACUGUAUACAAUAUAUACCAAUGAUAUUCAAAGAUCAAGUGACACCGUUCCAUUCUUAAAAUUUGCUGAUGAUGCCGCCAUUGUUUGCUUAAUAUCUGAAGGAGAAGGCCUAUACCGCAACUAAGUUACGAGCUAGUGCGAUAAAAAAAAAUUCCAGCUGAAUAUCUCAAAAUCAAAGGAAAUGGUUGUUGAUUUCAGGAGGGGGAAACACCAGAUUACAGAUCUAAACAUAAAAAUCAAAUUGUAGAGAAAGUGGAGGCAUACAAGUACUUAGGUGUCACCAUUAAUAAUAAGCUAACAUGGCAUGAGCACGGCCAAAUGCUGUAUAAGAAAUUCAACCAAAGACUGGUCUACCUCAAAAAACUGUACCAUUUCGGCGUAAACAAGCAAGUCGUUAACUUAUUCUCCAGUUCAACAAUUGGAAGCCUGCUUAAUUUCAGUAUUACCUGCUGGUGUGGGAAUUCAAUGUCUGCUAUUAAACACCGCAUAAACCGACUAAUCAAGAAAGUUGAGAGCAUAAUACAAACUCAACAUCCUUCACCUGAAGAACUAUUUGAAGAAAUAUUUUUUUUUUAAACUAAACACAUUUUGGAGGAUACAUCCCACCCUCUUCAUCACAGAUACUUAGGAUCGGGCCGUUCGGGACGAAUUCUUUCCAUCAGGGCGAGGACUGAAAGAUAUAAAAAUUCUUUUGUUCCCCAAUCUGUACGAAUUUACCGGCGUGCUCCCUCUGAAGUCACACAUCUUAAUGGGAACUAACAAGUCCCCGAUUUGGCUAAGAGAACUCACUGGAUUGGCUGUUUGAAAUAAUUUAUUAUACAUGUCUUGUGUUCAAAAAUGUUUUAUUUAUGUGCUGAAAAUGUAUAAUGCAAUCAAAAAACAUUUCCAUUUGUUUGGAUGACUAAAAGAAUCUUAUCUUUUCUUAAUUUAAAUUUCCUCUUCUUAGAAAAUAUUUGGGGAGCCGCAGGUAGGUGUGGAAUGUUUAAAUGUAAUUACUGUGUAUCUACAGUUACAUGGGAAAGAGGCGGUUUACCCUGAUGGGACUAUUUUCUUGAUAUGGAGAGGCGGCAUUUUAGCCAACUGCGGAGGGUUUUUUUUUUUUUUUAGUGGAAGGUGGCGGCAACAAUCUUGACCCGCCACAGACGGUACUAACCUUAACUAGCGCACUUAUUAUACAUCAGUUAAAAUAAAAUAAAAAAACCGUGAACACAAAUUCUCCCCACAGAUACGACAUGAUGCGUGAGUGAAUGCAUCAGCGACAUCAACAUAACACUUUAUUGACAUAGUGACUGAAGAGUCUUCAGAUUACUUGACUUGUCGUUGACUAUAAACAAUGCUCCUUGAUUAGUCUUGAUAUCCUGCUUACGAAGAUUCGACUUUGAGCUUGCGGCGCAUCAGUGGUGCACUAUGUGUCAAUCAAUGUCCGCGGCGUCGUCACAAAGGAAGUCAUAAUAAAAUGUGGUGGGAGACAUAAUAAUCGGGAAUUGGGGGGGGGGGGGGGGGGGGCCUUGUUUUGGGGGGAAAAAGGAAAAAAGAAAAAAAAAAAAAGUACAAAGAAAAAAAAGAAAAAGAAAAAAAAGAAAAAAAAAAAAAAAAAAAAAAAAAAAAAUGGGGGGGGGGGGGGGGGGGGGGGAGUGUGCCUUGUUUUGUGGGGAAAAAGGGAAAAAGUCACAGAAACAAAGUUCACAGGAAAUAAAGUCAAAGGAAAUAAAGUCAAAGGAAAAAAAAGUCAAAGGAAAUAAAGUCAAAGGAAAUAAAGUCAAAGGAAAUAAAGUCAAAGGAAAUAAAGUCAAAGGAAAUAAAGUCCAAGGAAAUAAAGCCAAAGGAAAUAAAGUCAAAGGAAAUAAAGUCAAAGGAAAAAAAAAGUCAAAGGAAAUAAAGUCAAAGGAAAUAAAGUCAAAGGAAAUAAAGUCAAAGGGAAAAAAAAGUCAAAGGAAAUAAAGUCAAAGGAAAUAAAGUCAAAGGAAAUAAAGUCAAAGGAAAUAAAGUCAAAGGAAAAAAAAAGUCAAAGGAAAAAAAAAGUCAAAGGAAAUAAAGUCAAAGGAAAAAAAACUAAUAAACUAUCCAAUAUAACCGUUGGUAUCCAGAUCCCCCUGGAUCCUAAUUCCGGUGGGAUCCCGAUGGUACCCCGAUCCUUGGGGGUUCUCAAUUUCAGUAUCCCGAUCCAAUUAGGAUCCCAUUCUCAUUGGGAGGCGUACCCCAGUAGGACACGAAUCCCGAUUGGGAUCCCGUUUCCAAAUGGGACCCCAUUGGAAUCCCGAUCCCCAUUUCAAAAUGAGACCCGAUUGGGAUCCCAACCCCAUUGGGAACCCAUCUCCAAAUUGACUACCAUAUCACAAUGGGAUCCCGCCCCCUGUGGGAUCCCAACCUAAUUCUGAUCCUCGGGGGUUCCCGAUUUCGGUUGAUCCCGAUCCUGUCGGUAUCCCUUUUCCCGGUGGGAUCCUCUUCUAUAAUGGGAUCCCGUUUGCCCUAUUUGAUCCCAUUACUGGAUGGAAUCGCGUUACUGGUGGGUUCCAGUUUACUCUUUCCCUUUUAGGAUCCUGUUCCUUGUUAGGAUUUUGUUCUAUGUCUAUGUCGAACAAAUCCACACACUAAUAUCACACAUUUAUAUAUAUAUAUAUAUAUAUAUAUACAUAUAUAUAUAUAUAUAUGAUAUAAAUGAUAACUAAGAAUAAAAAAGAAAAACAUUUCUGUGACUUUUUUUCCUAACAAAAUUUGUGAAUUUUUUUCCGUGACUUUUUUUUCCUGUGACUUUUUUUUCCGCUCACCGCUUUGAGGAACGUCCUAGGAAAUCAAGUACAUUAAGUCACCUUACGUCGUCAUGACCAAGGUAUGUUUUAAGUUCUGUAUGCCAUGAAACUUGCAUGAUGUUGGCGCGUGCCCCCCCCCCCUCCAUUGUUUGUCAUCGGUCUCAUGUCCACACAACGUGUUGGUCACGUGCAGUAUCUGGUGUUCACUGCAGAGGUAAACACUCGCGGCGACUCUGUCACAGCGUAAUCUGGUUUUGGCAUUGUUAUCAAAACACGCCCAAUCAACCAGGUAACUUUUCUUAACACAUGCAGAUGUAGGACGACCAGACGUGCUAGCUACAUCCCUGGACAUAAGCCAAGGGGAUUAGUGCCCCAUGCCUUAAAUUAAAGUUGGGAUUCACAAUAUGUCAUAGUCAUAUACUCCCCCACCCCCUUUUAUUUUUGUUCUCCCCUAUAUACUCUGUAGUUUACUGAGCCACCUCACAUAUACUCCCCCACCCCCUAUAUACCCUGUUCUCCCCUAUAUACUCUGUAGUUUACUGACCCACCUGACUUUCUCAUAUCUCGGAGUUCUAUCAAACCAAUAAAGUGAGCUUGUGACUUCGUUUUACUUUUUUUUGACAGGGGGAGGGGGAGGCAUAAAUGAGAACUCUUCAUAUGGUGUGGCAUUUUUUGCACUGAAGGCUUCAUGCACACUAAGCCCUUCCUCUACUGCAUCGUGGCUUGACUGAAUUAGAUUUAUUAUACGAAUACAUUUGGUUUCUAAAAUAUGAAGAAGAUUGGUGGCUCUUACCAUUUAUCUAUUUUUAUUAAAAUCCGUGGUUUGGUAACCGAGAUAGAUUCUAUACAUUUGUUCCUUUUCCAGCUUCUGCCACCAAAUAACAAUAUUAGAAGAACAAAUGGCUUCCUUUUUUAACAGUCUGGUGGAUCUGCUGUUAAACUUGUGCACCAAGACAUGGGGGAUAUUACAAAUGUUAAGUGCUGAAUGGCAUUAAGGAAUAGUCAGCUUGGCCUUCUGUUGUUGUGGUGGUCACUGGCUGGUUUAAGUUUACAAAAAAAUGGAACAAUAUACUGAUAGUAAAAGUGUCUAUGCUCUUCUUACAAAAUGCCCAACUGUUAUAUUAUUGUUCAUCCUUUGCAUGCAAAGAAGACCAAGGGUUCAAUUGAGUAGCAGCCUUGACUUGAGCUGUAUUUUAUUUUAAAGUGAGGGUGAGUUGCUCAAUUCAUCAGCCUCACUCUCUUGUCCUGGCUAUUUGGACGAUGGCAGAACUUAGUGAUGACAAUUGAUUGAAAAUAGACCAUUAGAAGACCAGCAGUGUCUCUUGUAUCUCACUGUGCCCUGUAUGCUUCCAUGUUGCAGGAGUAAUCAGAAUUUUCAUUAUGUUCAUCUUAUGUCAUACCACCUACAGGACUCCAUGUCAGGGUUUGAUUUCAGGCUUUGUCUCCUCCUAGAUGACUUGCCAACCAGGGUUAACGAGUCCCAUCCACCAGGGGUGCUAGUGUUGCCUUUGCUUGUCUAGGCAUUGCUAGGGAUUCAACUCCAGUCCACAAGCUUAGGAUUAACUCAGUUUUAGACCCUUCAGACGCCCAGCACUAUUUCAUGCCAUCAACUUGUCAACAAAUCUGGCUAGAUCAACAAGUGAUGUGUUGUAAGCUCUGAGGUUGCUGGGCUGCCAAUAUAUCCCCAUUUGAGGCGGCCACUGGUAUAAAAUAAAUAUAACAUGUCUAGGAUCUGACUUGUAAUGUUAUUGACACCCAUGCUGGGAACUGUGUUGAAAGAAUAAGUCAUGAGUGCACUGGCUGACAGAUUCAGUGCAAAUUCACCAUGACAGUUUGGCUUUAUCUUAUGAGACUACAGGAUGAGCUUAUGGUCAUUGACCCAAAAAUGACCUAGGGUACUUUGGCUUAGUUUACUUUAAUAUGGCUGCAGAAAUUAUUAAGGCAUUGAACAUUUUCCUGGAGCAAGGCAAACGCUGUGUGUUCAGGAAAUGGUGCAGGGGAGAGAUAAGAAAAGUUGCCCUAAAAUAUCAAUCCAAGCAGUGGGUGACGUUUUGUGUUUUUACAAAAUGUACACUGUGAAUUCCCCUUUCACACUACUGUUUGACUUUAUUUAUUGACUCUCCUUUAACGUCUUUAAAUAUUUCAUAACCAUAGCAACUUCAUUAAUGGAUAAUUAAAUUUUUUAAUAAAUUAUUUACAUAAUUAAAAAAAAAUAAAUCAAAAUGGUGUUGUGUUUGUUUACUGAAUUUCAUAGGCUCUAUAUCUUAAAAUGUAAUGCUAUGGGGCCAAGGGACUUUCACCUAGAAAGCCAUAUUUAAUUCAAGUGUUUCAGGGCAAAGAAUAUUAAUAAACAAUCAUUGGGGAAAAAAAUUAGCAAAACAUCAGUGGUCAGCAGAGUACCAAUUGAGGACACUUGGGCAGAUUGAUUGUUGUGACCUCUUAGUUCAUGCAUGAGGUAACAGAUGUGUCAACUCUUGGCUGGUUAUAGAGGGCAUCCGUUAGAUCUGUUAGAUCCGACUUUGGAAAUAUUCCAAAAUGGCUGAGAUAAUCUGUAUCACAAUGCAGCUAAGGGAACACUAAACUAAUAAUAUGGCUGUCAAUAAUUAGAAAGAAAAUGUUUUAUGGCACCCAAAACUGUCAUUACUAAUUAAAUAGUGUUUCUCACAUAGAUCAUCAUUACUAGUUAUAAAUAUUGGUUCUCACAUAGAUCAUCAUUACUAGUUAUAAAUAUUGUUUCUCACAUAGAUCAUCAUUACUAGUUAUAAAUAUUGGUUCUCACAAGAUCAUCAUUACUAGUUAUAAAUAUUGUUUCUCACAUAGAUCAUCAUUACUAGUUAUAAAUAUUGGUUCUCAUCAGAUCGUCAUUACUAAUAAGAAUUAUUGGUUCUAAUCAGAUCGUCAUAACUAAUUAGAAAUAUUGGUUCUCACCACAUUGACAACCACAAUUUGAUUGAAGACUAUCAGAUUUACCCUCUCUCAGGGUUUAUCACUUCACACUAAGGAUUUUUAACACUUGAUUGUUUCUUGUAAAAUACCAUAAGAUAUUAAAUGUACUUAUUUUUUUUAAAUUUAAGAUUUAUUAUGAUUUUCUUAACAGUUAUGUAAGCAUUAUCAACCCAGCACCAUCUUGGCCUAUUUGAUGAAAACUAUUGUUGUAUCUUCACAGGGAGCCAUCAGCAACAGUACAGGCACAAUCAUCUACAUAGUCAAUCUGUCUGUGCUGCUGUUCCUUCCAGCGGGUGUUAUUUACUACCUCCACCCUGUCAUUGGUGAGUGCAACACAAAGCAGCUAAAACGUGGGAAGUGAUGCGUUAAAUGUUGAAAAAAAAUAAGAAUGAAAUGUUUCCUGGCAACUCAUGGAGGUGGAGUGUUCAAAAUUUCUUACAACAACCUUUAUAAAAAAAAUUUUUUAACUUAUUGUCCAGACUAGCCAAUUACCUUAUUAGACAGUAGAAUUAAUGACACCCCUCUGACGCAGUGGUAGCAUUGUCUGCCUCUUCAACCACUGAAUUCAGAGUACAGCAGCCAAAUUUACAAGGGAUCAUAAAUGUGCUGUUAACUCUGUUCCAACACACACAAAACACUACAAAAUGUAUAGGUAUCAUAUGUUUAAAAAACUGACAAGACCACAAUAAAAAGCUACAUUUAGGAUUUCAGAAUAAUUGAAAGCACAAAAGGAUUAACAUUCAUCAAGCGCUCACUCACAGUUAUCUGUUCUUGUAUCCUGCAGUUUUCUCCCUGUUCACCCUGGGCAGCGUGACCGUCUGUUUCCUGAAGCUUAUCUCGUAUGCCCACGUCAACUACUGGUGCCGGGAGUGCAACAGUGCCAACAAGCUUAAGAAGAGAUCAUCCUCUGGAAACCUAACAGGUCAGAGCUUAAGUCUCUUAAAUUUCAGAGUUGGUAUUCACCAGGGGCCAGUGGUCAAUUUAUCUGUCUCUCUCUCUGUCUCUCUCUCUCGCUCUCUGUCUCUCUCUCUGUCUCCCUCUCUGUCUCUCUCUCUCUCUCUCUCUCUCUCUCUCUCUCUCUCUCUCUCUCUCUCUCUCUCUCUGUCUCUCUCUGUCCCUCUUUCUCUCUCCCUCUCUCUCCCUCUCUCUCUCUCUCUCUCCCUCUCUCUCUCUUUAUCUCUCUCUCUCUCUGUCUCUCUCUCUCUCUCUCUCUCUCUCUCUCUCUCUCCCUCUCUCUCUCUCUCUCUCUCUCUCUCUCUCUCUCUCUCUCUCUGUCUCUCUCUUUCUCUCUCUCUGUCUCUCUCUGUCUCUCUUUCUCUGUCUCUCUCUCUCUCUGUCUCUCUCUGUCUCUCCCUCUCUCUCUCUCUACUCUCUCUCUCUCUCUCUCUCUCUCUCUCUCUCUCUCUGUACACAUGCUUCCCCCAACCCUCCUCCACCCUGAUUUAUGAGGAGAUAAAACAGAAAAGAAAAUGUUCAAUAAGGUUUAUGUGGGGGAAGAAUUUUAAAGGGAAUGCCUCAGUGAAUGUUACAUUGAAUGUCAUCAAAUAAUUAAAGCACUGUUUAUAUAUUUCAAGUUACAAAAAAUGAUUACUGGGAGUGUUUAACCUUACUUCUUAAUGAGUUCAUCGAGUCCUUUGGCGAUAAUUUAUAACAAUAUUAGUUUUUAAGCUUAAUUUAAUUAUUUAGGAGUGUCAGUCUUUUUUUUCUCCACUAAAUUAUAGAGAACCAGACAGCCAGUGCAGCCAACCCUAGCAAUUCUGAAGUCAUCCAGACUUAUCCUGAUAAUAUAAAUGUGAAAGGUAGGUGGGGGUUGAAUGCAUUCAUAAAACAAAUCAACAUUAGUCCAGAUAGUGAGCUUCAAAUUAAUACAUUGUGGCUGUUUCAUUUGUGCAUAUUGCAUUUCACUUGUACAUGAUGAAGUCUUGAAACGUUCACCAAUUGUCUGUUAAUCAUUUGAACACAUUCCUGAAAAGUGUGCCCAAUACGUGUUGAGUUUAAAUUUUGUUCUAUUUUAUGUGCUGAUGGUGAAGAUUGUACUGAUGGCGUGUCAUGUAGUGUACAUCUCUACAUACACUGUCUGUUUUGGAAACAUUUACCGUAUAUACUCGCAUAUAAGCCAAAUCUAGAACUAUAAAAUACAAUACUGAAAUCAGAGGGUCGGCUUAUAUGCGCAUAAAACAAAAUGGACACAAGGACAGACACUAAUGGCAAUUUUCCAGCCACACCUUUUCAUCGCUAUCUGGUUGUGUGUACAGAGUACUAAUAUAUAUAUAUACAGAGGUGUCACUUCAAAGAAUUUAAUGUAUGCAUAGCUGAUAAUUAUACUGGGUAUGAAAGAGCAGAACAUGUUUUUGUGUCAUUCCAAAAGGUAAACAAUCUGGUAUGUAACAUAAAAGUAAGCAUCUUACAUCUUGACAGUAACAAAUUUCUAUGAACCAAAAAUAUGGAGUAAAAUUAGACAAUUGUAUGGUCGGCUUAUAUGCGUCUUUUUGCAAAAACUGGCCAUUUUAAAGCAGUUUUAGGGGGUCGGCUUAUAUACGAUGUAGGCUUAUAUGCAAGUAUAUACGGUAUGUUAUUGCAGAGUAUAGGUAAUGGGCUAACAGUUGUAACAAAAUCAUUUUAGCAUAUUUACAUGCCUAUGUAUGCUCUGUGCUUUUCAUUCUCUUGGGGGUGCUUUUUUCAUGGCUCCCUCUUGCGGCACAUGAGUUGUUUUGAAAUUGAUUUUAUUUUUACGGAUUGUAUUGUAUUGCAUUUUUAGCAUUGUAUUUUCACUGUGACCCGACUUAUUUAGCUAUCUGCCCUUAUAUGGAUGGCAAUCUUUGGGGAGGCAAUAACUAUGUUCUCACCCAGUAGCUCUCACAUUGUUCCCUUCACUAACAUCUGACAACUGGCUUUGUGAGACAACUACCAUCGUUUCUGUCUAGACACCACACUCUAAUCAGUUACGCUUAUUUCAACCUUUGCUUUCCAUCCCUGUAAUCAUGCUCUGUAUUGAUAGCAGAGAUGAUCCUAGCCCUGAACUUGAGCUAAUCUCUGAGAUAUUGACCCUCCUCAUGACACAGUAGUGUGGACCUCAAUUUUUUUACAAUAGCUUUAUUUCCCCCAACCAUCUUGUAUUACAUUUGCUGAAUUAUUGAUUUUGAUAUUUCAAUAGAAAUUUCUUCAUUUUCACAUCCUGAAAAGAAGUUGUGAUUAAAAAAAUAGCUUUAUAAUUAAUUUUUAUUUCAAAACAGUAGCAAAAUGGCAAUGUUUAAUUUCAACUAAUGAAGCAUUAACAAAGAGCUAUAUGUAGUCCUUCAUUUAUUAACAAAGAGAUAUUGUGAAAUAAAACAUGAAGGGACUGUAAAUUAUGGCCUUCUGCUUAAGAGGUCACUGUAUUAGAGGACGAUAGCUACCAGUGUUUGUCAAUAGACAGUCAGCAGAGCAUAUAUAUGUUUAUGAAAUAGCUAUUAUUUAGGGCCAGGUUUUCAUGGUCUGUUGGCUGUUUGUCAUGCAAACACCAGUGUUGCUGGUGUUUUUGUUAGUUUUCAUUGAAGUAUUUUUCAAAAGCAAUGGGCUAUGUGUAACAUCAUACAGAGUACUGAAAACUUGAUGGGUAAAGAUAUAUGUACAUACAAAAAUAAGAACACUGCUUUUCAUAAUUGGUGGUUUUUUUUGUUUUUUAAUUAUUCUUUUUUUUUGGUUAAAUAUAGUUAUAGGGUGCUAAAGAGGAUUUAUAGGGGAUUUUUUAAUGUUUUUUUUUGGUGGGGUCAUGAUGUUGUGUGUGAGGAUUUUGUGUGUGUGGGGGGGGGGUGAUGUUGUGGGCAGAGGGGGUAGAUGUGUGAUGUUGUGGGCAGAGGGGGUAGAUGUGUGAUGUUUUGGGCAGAGGGGGUAGUUCUGUGAUGUUGUGGGCAGAGGGGGUAGUUCUGUGAUGGUGUGGGCAGAGGGGGUAGUUCUGUGAUGUUGUGGGCAGAGGGGGUAGAUGUGUGAUGUUGUGGGCAGAGGGGGUAGUUCUGUGAUGUUGUGGGCAGAGGGGAUAGUUCUGUGAUGUUGUGGGCAGAGGGGGUAUAUCUGUGUUGUUGUGGGCAGAGAUGGUAGUUGUGUGUUGUUGUGGACAGAGGUGGUAGUUGUGUGAUGUUGUGGGCAGAGGGGGUAGAUGUAUGAUGUUUUGGGCAGAGGUGGUAGAUGUGUGAUGUUGUGGGCAGAGGGGGUAGAUGUGUGAUGUUUUGGGCAGAGGGGGUAGAUGUUGUGGGCAGAGGGGGUAGAUGUGUGAUGUUGUGGGCAGAGGGGGUAGUUCUAUGAUUUUGUGGGCAGAGGGGGUAGUUCUGUGAUAUUGUGGGCAGAGGGGGUAGAUGUGUAAUGUUGCGGUCAGAGGGGUUGGGGAAAAAGGCAAUAUAUAAUAUUUGUAGAACAUUUUUUAAAUAAAUAGAGACAUGACAAGAUUCAGACAUGGCAUUCAAUCAUUUCAACAUUUCUAUAACGUAUUUAUACAACCAGCCAAGAUAUUCAAGAGUUAUUCUUAGUGCAUUUGAAUCUGUAAAAUAUCUAAGCUUUCAGUAUUUUUCAAAACAAGUCAUUAUCAGUAAUUGAAUUAUUGUCAAGUAUGCACAAAUGUCCUCUGGCUUGUUUUCAUAACAACAUACAUGGGCAAGCACACAUUUAUAUUUUAAGAGUAGUCUAUGUUAAGGUCUGGGGCCCUAGGCUUAUUGAAAAGAAACCCACUUAGUUAUAAGCUUUCUGAUUUUAACAUUGGCCCCGUAAUUCAAUAUUUCUUAACAUUUUCAUAAAGAAAAGUUAGAUGAAUCUAAAAUCAAAUUCAAAGAUGUUCAAGAGUUGAUGGUUAGAACUUAAGCCUUGGCCUUUUAUUUUGUUUUAAAUUGUCAGAGCAGAUCGCACAUUAUCUCCGAAUUGUAAGUUUUAGGGGGAUAAAACAUUGGAUAUCUUUGUAAUUGGUGUUUGCAAACAAGUGUCCUUGAUCCUUUGUUAAUAUUUUUUGUUCUUCCAACUUGUAUCAUUUCAGACUUGGCUUACUUCAUGUUUGCCCCAACCUUAUGCUAUGAGCUCAAUUUCCCCAGAUCUGCUCGUAUCAGGAAGCGAUUCUUGGCCAAGCGCAUCAUUGAAAUGGUAAUGUCAUUGGGGUUUUUGCAUUUUUCAAACUUGAGUCUUCUAUUAAUUUGUAUCAAUAAGCCUGCCCCCUUUUUCCCCAGUAAGUUAUUCCCAUUUUAAACAGUCAAUUGAAACAUAUCAAAUGUCAUUUAUGUUGUGUGUUUUUUUUUGUUCUUCAGGUUUUUCUUUGUUGGCUAAUGGUGGCAUUAAUGCAGCAGGUAAUUAGUUGUAUGUCUGUGUGUUGUUGGGCUCCAUGUGGUGGUUAGUGUUAGUACAAGAAAAUAACCACUUACUCGAGAUGCAAGUAUUUCUAAAUAUUAAGGUUCAUUCUGUCGAAGUUAUGAUUUUAAAUAUGAUGACACUCCAAAUCUCUGUUUUCUCACCAAGACAAUGUUUUCUCACCAAGACAAUGUUUUCUCACCAAGACAAUGUUUUCUCAAUUUAUUUGUGUGUGACAGAAAAUUCUAGAUAUGAUGAUAAAGCAAACUAUGUUUAGAGCUAGAAAUGUGAUUAUCUUCUUUUGACUCAUUCCAAACAUCACCAGCAAAUCAACUGGGUGUCCUUCUCAUAACAUAAUGAAUGGCAUAAUAAAGCCCUAUGAUUUGAAUCAUUUUAUUUUAAUGUACACAGUGGAUAGUUCCAGCUGUCAAUAAUGCCAGACAACCCCUGGCUGAGAUGGAAGCUUUUAAAAUGUUGGAGCGUCUGCUCAAACUGGCUGUGAGUAAUCCUUAUUAAUAGUACUGAUCAUUAUCAAACUUCAGCUAUGUAUUUUUGCUGGAUAUUUUAUUACAUGGGAUUAAGUUUUUGUCCUCUCCAUUUCUUGAUUUUUCUGCAUUCAGAAAUCCACUUCAGCACCUUUGUUAAAUUUGUUAAAUCCUGGGUUUCUUUCCUUUUUUUUCAUCUUGGACAGUUAUGAAAAACUGGAUAUUUUAAGCAACAUUUUCUUUUUUUGGUUUACUUUUGCAGCAAUCUGGCCGUUUUCAGAGUCACAUUUAUUGUGUAAGGACAAUUUUCCCUAUCAUGUUUCAUGAUGUUUUCAGAUUCCUAAUCAUUUGAUCUGGCUUGUUUUUUUCUACUGGUUCUUUCAUUCAACACUCAACGUGUUGGCCGAGCUGCUGAGGUUUGGUGACCGGGUCUUUUACAAAGAUUGGUGGUCAGUGAUUUUUAAAUCUUUUUUUUGCAAAUAGACUAUCACAUUCCUUCAAGAAACACUUUUUAAUGUCACUGUAAUGUCAUAGUUCUACUUUAUGAGAACUUAUUUUAGUUGUGAACAAAAAAGUUCAGCAAGCACAGAUUUGUAUUGCUUUUGUCAGAAAUUAGUAGAUGACUUAUUUCAAUAUAGGUAUGUUUGUGUCCAUGUUAUUACUAUUCCUGCUUUCUCAUCAUUAAUUGUUGAUCCAGGAAUGCUGAAACAGUGUCAGUAUUUUGGCAACAUUGGAACAUUCCUGUGCACAGAUUUGCUACCAGGUAGGAAUAAGUCAUCCAAAGCAUUCAAGUAAAACAUAUAUAAUAACCAGUGCAUUGAAGUUUACAGACUGUGUGCCAUACUUCUGACACCCUAAACUUAUCUGUCCUGCUGCUGCUUCAUAAUCAGAUACAUGUAUAGAUAUAAUAUAUGAACAGGGAAAGUGGUUGAAAACUCAUGUCUCACUGAUUCAGUGGCACAUUAUUCAUCUUCACUCACUAAGUUAUAUAAUCAACAUAUUUUUACUUGUCCAUAAAUUUGUUUCUUUGUUCCAUCUUAAAAUUGACUUGAGCUCUUUAAUGAAACAGUUUCUACUCCAUUAAUUAUUUUGUUUCAUUAUCCCUGGAUCAAAUAUCUCAUUUUUUAUCUCACAGGCAUAUCUACAAACCGUUACUAAGCAGGGGCUGCCCUAGGCUGUUAGCCUCAACAAUUGUCUUCCUUCUUUCAGCAUUUUUCCAUGAGGUAAAAUAACAUUUGAUCAAAAACAUGACUUGAUUCUUAGAUAAGAUUUUUUAAAAACUCAUGAUGCAGUUUGAGUUGACUAAAUUAUCUAUAAAUUUAUUAACAUUGUGUGCCUGUAGGUAUGGUAGGUAUUCUGUAUGAGCUACCAAGAUUUGCACGAAGAACUCUUCUUUUUUUUUUUUUACUUUGGGGUUGCAGCUACUCACUGAGAAUUUAUAUUACACCUAUGCAACUGAUUUAGAAAGUAGAGAUGUAGUUCUUUAGAUGAUAUAACUUUGAAUGUUGUGGAAGUGAAUUGAAUGCUAAAAAACAUUGCUUUUAAAAUUCAAAAUUUGUUUUUUUAGAUAAUAAAAUUAUUUUACAGCUAACAAAAUUAUAUAUUCUGUAAGGCUAUACAAUUUACUAUAAAACUGUUAUAAUUUUAUUAACAUUACCCACAUGGUAUCCAUGCGCAAAGGCUUGGUAUUAGGUAUUCUCUCCCGAGAUUAAGAGAUCCUGCACUAUUUUCCCCAUCUCAGUUACACACUUGUAAAAUACAAAUUUCUUGCUUUUGUUUUUUUUAGCUUACAGCAAGUGACAGAUUAUCACAAAUUGUUAGCUGAAACCUGUAAAAUUGAAUAAACUGCGCUGAAUCUCAGUCACUAUAGUACGCACAAGUUCUCAAAUGUUUUCACAUUUACAUAAAAGCAAAGUGACCCUUACCAUUAAAUAUUGGACAAAACAAUGCUUUUAAAUAGGAUCAAUUCUUGAAAAAGAAAAUAUUUUUAAAAUUUCAUUUUCCAGUACAAUGUAAUUGGCUGGAUAAUUAAUUUCAGGAUUGAAAUAUUUUAACUUAAACUGUAAGACAAUAAUUAAAGAAGAAAUCCAUUUAAAAAUCACUACUUAUUUUAGUCUAUUGUUUCAGCCGGUAACCCCACAAAAUUCCUUUUUGCAACCCCAUCUUGAGUUCACCUCCCUGUGCUCUAGUAACUUGAUUAUCCCAAGAUGUUCAUCUAUCAAACUACCUUUAUAUUUUGGAGUGUUUUUAUUUUUUUUUUUAAAUUCCCAACAUUCCCCAUUUAUUUUUAUUCGAAACAAACCCCUUGUUACAAGUUGUUAGAAACAUUUGCUUGUAAAUAUUUAGUGACAGACUCGAAACUUCAUUACUCGACCUUUUCAGGUUUUCUUUUUUUAUUAUUAUUAUCUAAUUUUCUUAUCCACAGUAUCUCAUCAGUGUACCUCUCCGUAUGUUUAAAACCUGGGCUUUCAUGGGCAUGCUGAUGCAGGUAAACAAAUUCAACUUUCCUGGUCUGUAACUAGUUUCAGUUAAACGUUUGUUGUGUCUGCUGAUGAAGGCUUUCAGCCGAAAUGAAACUUCAUUUUUGACUGUCUUUUGUCUUCACUCAGGCCUUCAAAUACCAUGUUCUAACUCAGAAUGUCAGAAAGGAUGUCAGUGGACCAAAUUAAUGUCUAUUAUAUUUAUGGGCAAUAUUAUAUUAUCCCAGCUAUCCCAGCUUAGUUUUUUUUUUUAUAAUAAUGGACUUUAGUAAUAUAAUGAGUGGAGGUAUACAAUCUUAAAGCACAAAGUCCAUAUGGGACAUGAGAAAUUAAGUAUUAUUUUGUAUCUCCAUAUCAUGGGAACCACACAUCAUUUCCACCUCUAUAAUUGGAUUUUACUGACUAUGUACAAAAGAUCUAAAAUGCUGUAUUUUUGUUCUGGGCUGGAAGACAUUUUUAACCACUUUAUCAUGAAACACAACAUCAAUUAGUUACAUGUCUAGAUGAACAUGUCUUUGAAUGUAUUGGCCUAAACAACAGGGAAACUUUUUGAAUUUUUACACAAGGACAUCAAUGGGCUAGUUAAUCUAUUACCAUACAUAAUGUUGCAUGUAUAUUUCAUACAUAUGUAUUUGAAAAAAACUUUUUCCCAUACUUGAACACUUGCUAAGGUCAUAAUUAGGCCACCAAGCUCCACUCUUAUUCUUUACUUAAAUAUGGAGGACCCAAUAACAGGUUAUCAAAACCAGAGUAGCACAUCUUUCUUACUGACUUCAAGUUUUUUUAGUCGUGUACAAGCUUUUUAGUUUUAUAAGACAUCACAGAAAAACUUUGACAUGUAGCCUUUGUAUAAAUAUCUCACAUUUUGAUCUCUGUUUUUUUACCAUAGCCUAUCUAUUUUAACAUGUUCAUAUGUUGUUUUUCUCCCAGGUGCCUACAGCAUACAUCACCUCUAAGUUUGUGCAUGGUAAAUGGGGCAACAUCAUCAUGUGGCUGUCCUUGAUCUUGGGCCAGCCAGUGGCCAUCUUGGCCUACUUCCAUGACUACUACAUCGUCCACUCUCUUCCCCUUCAUGUCAACAGCACCACACCAAAUGUUUAAGACUAUUCCCCCUGCAAGGCCCUCUUGAAGUACAUAUGUACGUUAGUCGCUAAAUUCCAAUUACGGUGUAUCAAAGUAUUUCAACUUAAUCUUCUUUGUAACAGCCAAACUAAGAUUAAACCAUCUGUCCACCCCUGAACCACAUGGAUUCAUUUGGCUAAAGUGUUUAGUAAUGUCCCAAACUGUGUACAGCAUGUUAGCUUUUAAAUAAUUCCAGGACAUGUUCUUGAGAGAGGAAUUUUAAAUGUGUAAGAAAUAUUUCUUAGACCUCAAGCAGAGCAGCAAUGUUUAUAAAUAUCACUGAGUAUUUGUAUUUUGUCAGAUUACAUAACAGAAAAGAUUAAUAAUGUAUCUACAAAAUGAUUAGUUCUUUUACUGGAACAAAAGUUCAUUCCCAUUGAAUGACAUAAUAUAUCUGCUACCAGUAUUUCCUUAACACAGAGAUUGCUUAUUUCUGUUAGGUUAAGCUUUUCUUCCCC